AUGCCACCAUCGGCAUCGGGUCCGGGGCGCCCCCCAUGGUUUGAGCAUAUCCAAGCCUUGUCCAAAACUAACGUGGACAUCGUCGCCGUUCCGCCUAUUGGAGCACAUCAUCAGAAAAUAUGGACUACUCCAGGUUCAAAUACACCCUGGCUCCGGACCGAGCUGAUUAAUCGGUUGCCGAGAGCACGGAUCUUGUUGUACAGUCAUGGGCAGCUGCAUGAGCAUGACAAGAUCGACGGUCUAGGUCAACGCUUGUUGAAUCUCCUCCUCGACGAGCGAAGACACCACAGUAGCCGCCGGCCACUAUUCUUCCUCUGCCAUAGCACAGGAGGCCUCGUGGCGAAGGCAUGUUUGGCUCUGGCUUCGCGGGCCGAGCCGAGCCAGGCUAUCCUAACCAGCUGCUAUGGCAUCGCUUUCUUUGCAACCCCUCACCAGGGUUCAAGCUAUUUGUUCGCGGAAGAGUAUAUGCCGAGCAUUCGUCGCCUGCUUUAUUUGGAGCAGGAUAUUCCCGCAUCUCUUAGAGACCAAUUUCGUCCUCGACAAGAGACAUUAUGGCAUCUUUCUAAUCAGUUCAAAGCCCUGUCGGCGGAUAUGAGAGUUUGGUCAUUUCUAGAGACUAUCGACUCAACUCUGACUAUAUCGGAUAUUGAGCUUGGAAAUACUGUGGAGUUCCAUGCCCCCAUAACCUCUAUUCGAUCCGGCUUGCUGGACAUUGAACAUGAAACAGAGACCCCUAUGGCCACAGACCAUGUUGGGACAGCGAGCUUCCAGGGCCAAGAAUCAUUCCGAGACGCCUUCUUAAUCGAAUUAGCCGAUGCAGUAAAUGUAGCCGUGGAGCUCUCGGGACAUGAAGAUAUUCCAUUGAAUGUUGAACAAUCAGUAAUGGUUCAGAUUAAUGGGUUCUUUGAAGAUACGGCUUUGGGCGUCAGUGAUGAGACUCCGCUGAAGAUGUGGUCAACUCGCGUGUCUUUAGAAGAAUACCUCGGCCGUGGUCCCGGCGCAUGCCUUCGAGAGCGGCUGAAGCGCAUUCAACCUCGCGGGCUCGACGAUUCCUCUCUUAGCAGUUUUGACAGUCGCCAUUCCUUCGCACAUCUCGCCCAGGGAUCAGAGUCCCACAGUGACCUUCCUGAGUCUCAUGAGACUCAGCAAGAAGCUCAGCAAAGCCCGGAUACUAGACCUUCUCGUCCCCCUAUGCGUCAAAGUCGCAGCUCCAUCCCCCCGGAAGACCACUUCUCACCAACGAUUCACAUCACUGAUGAAGGGCGGGAAGAAUAUCUGAGCCGUGAUCGCCCUUCAAAUGAAAGCCCGCCUCCGCCAAUGGAGCGCAAAUGCAAACCUCCGAUUGCAAAAGUACUGGGCCUUAACCAGUUACGCGCGCAUAAGCGUAACACCUCCGAUGCCAGUUCACAGGGGAGCGGUUCUCGUCCAGCAUCGAGCUCAACCUCUCCGCCACCAAGCGCUGGACUUCUAGCCAUCCCUCCGUCAACCCGAGAUCGAAUCAACCAACUUGGAGAUGCCCCGGAUAUUCCCCGAUCAGUUCCUCGUUUUGAUCGACCAGAGCCCGACACUGAGAAAUUACUGUGGAUUCAUGUUCCCUAUACUCACCCCGGGUGGGUAUCACAAGUCAUUCGGCGCGCUUGUCUAGAUCGGCAGGAGCCACAAUUCUUGAGGAAAUUUAUCAACGACGAUAAUUGGUAUCGAAAUCUGAACCGUGCUCGACAUCUCGAACCACAUGCUCGAUUCGUUCGACCACAAUGCAUACACGCGCGUCAGUUAGAUGUUUCUCAGGGUAUCAAGCCUGGAGCGUCUGAAGAUCCCCAACUAGCUCUUUAUACUCCAUAUCUUCAUUGGGACACAUACCGCAAUCUCAUCCAGCGUCGCAAGGUGGUCGAAGACCGACUCCGACAAGGCCGCUCCCGUCCCAUUCCCCCUCGUAUUGCAAAAUCGAGCUUAGAGGCUCAAUUGAUCUGGCAAUAUCUGGGCUGUGAGCCGCCUAUCCAUUUCAGACGCACCCUGGACCAAUUUGGGUACCCUAAUCUCCGAUCAACGGUGGCACGAGAUGACGAUCAAAUGCUCUGGAAGCGUACUCGCAGACCCGCUCAUUUAGAUGAGCAACUUCGCGAGUAUCUCGAUGCUGCGAGCGAUGGGCCGGAGGAUUCAGAACAAACAGAAUUCAUGGAUGGUAAUGUACUGAUGGUUGAUCAACUAUGGCUGUGGAUUGUUGACAAGAAGACUAUUGUGACAUUUUUCCCUAAUCAAGAAGCAACUACGUCAGAGGGCAAAUUGUUCGAGCAGUCAAAUUUACACAGCAGUAUUUAUAACGAGUUGAACGGGGAUUUGGCUCGUCGGUUUGAGACAGCUGGUGAUCUUGCUGCAUUGAUAAUGCUGCAUGCCGUAACGGUUCUUCUAGAUCGAACACUUCAUCGCGAUCUGCAGGUGCUGAGAAUCUUCGAGGAAUCGAUUAGCAUAUUGACAGAAUCAGUGACCAAAUCUUUCAAACGUUUUCGGAAUCGAGGCUUUGCAAACAGGCCUGCUGAUCACGAUCGAACUACCGAUGGCAAGAUUAUGACAAAUGCACAGCGUGAUCAACGAGACCGUCAGGUAGCGCGGCAAAACAGAGACGACUUAUCCGUUCUCCUUGAACUCCGAGAUAUUGAAGACGAACUUUCAACUAUCAUAAAGCUUCUUGAUCAGCAAGAUUUUGUUUUAAAGGCGACGAUGAAAUACUUUGACCACGAUGGUUGCGGAAAAAUGUUCCUCGAUUCUGCACAACUGAAGAUUGACGAGUAUCGGACUCAAAUCAGCGAGAUGAAGGAGAAUAGCCACCUCGCUCAAAAAGCAGUUGAGACAUUACUUGAUCUGAAGCAGAAACAGGCAAAUGUCGACGAGGCCAAAAUGGCGCGCUGGCAGGCAGAAGAGACGCAAAACCAGUCGAGAUCACUAAUGGUCUUUACAAUUUUCACUGUGAUUUUCCUGCCACUGUCCUUCUUUACAUCUCUCUUCGGUAUGAAUGCGCGGGAAUGGAGUGGUGUAUCACAAAAUCCUCCGUUGGGCGAGAUGUUCGCAAUUGCCGGACCUGCUUCAUUUGCCAUCAUCGCCGUAGCCCUACUGCUGGCUUUUAGCGGGACUCUGCGAGAAGCAGUGACAAAGUCCCACAAGAUCGGGAGCGGCCUAUGGAUUGACUUCAUUUCCAAUCCCAUCAAGGACAUUCUGCAUUGGAGUUCUGUCAAGAGUUCGAUCCCCUCAGUUGUGCCUGUCGAGGGCUCCAGAUUACGAAAGCUCUUUGAUCAGUAUCUGGGUUAUGAGAAACAUCGAGUCAAGUUCGAUGAAGACUUUUGGAAGCGGAGGCAAGAGGACAAAAACUCGAUUUUGGAAGUCGAGUGGAAGAACUAUAAGGUUGCCAAUAUAGAUUCAGAAAAUAAGGUCAUGGAUAAGAUCGAGGUACAACAGGUUGGUUCUGUUUGA